UGUCGGCGGGAGAUUGGGUCUCGCGAUGUGCGUGCGCGGCCCUCGCGAGCUCGCGCACGCCGCCCCUCGCAGUACCGGCCUGUGGCGGCCUCCUCUUCUGGCGUCCAGGGCAGGACCCUGAGCGGGAUCCGCGGCCGGGGCUGGGAGCCAGCGUCCGCUUCCUCGCCGACGCCCUCGCUGCCUGCCCCUUGGUCUAGGGCUCCUCUCUGCGCAGUGCAGAGGCGGCGGGCUGGGAAGGAAUCGGCGCCCGCGUGAGGUUCCCAGCCGAUGGGCAACCCCUGGGCGCGCUGAGGGGCCGGGCUACUAGCGGCUGAGAAAAUGAUGCAUCCUGUUGCCAGCAGUAAUCCGGCUUUCUGUGGGCCUGGCAAGCCUUCCUGUCUCAAUGAAGAUGCCAUGAGAGCUGCUGAUCAGUUUGACAUAUAUUCCUCCCAGCAAAGCAAAUAUAGCCACACAGUCAGCCAUAAACCAAUGGCUUGUCAGAGGCAAGACCCAUUAAAUGAAACCCACUUGCAGACUACAAGUGGCAGAAGCAUAGAGAUAAAAGAUGAACUAAAGAAAAAGAAAAAUCUCAACCGAUCUGGUAAGCGUGGCCGGCCUUCGGGAACCACCAAAUCAGCAGGAUACCGGACCAGCACAGGCAGACCUCUGGGAACCACCAAAGCAGCUGGAUUUAAGACAAGUCCAGGGAGACCUUUGGGUACAACUAAAGCUGCGGGAUACAAAGUCAGCCCAGGGAGACCUCCAGGUAGCAUUAAAGCCCUGUCCCGUCUUGCUGAUCUUGGUUAUGGCUGUGGCACUGCUGCUUUUCCUUACCCGAUGAUGCAUGGCAGAGUAGUUCAUGGGGUAGAGGAAACCAGCAGCGAAGUCAAGCCACCCAGUGAGUGAAUGAGGCAGGAAAGGAGGCCAGGUUUAGAAGGAAAAUUGUGAAUAAUCCCAAAGCUUCUUGGUUUUAUUUUGACAUACAUGAUUUUAUGACCUGGGCUUUUGUCCAUACCUGUGAUUAAAUUUGUUUCCCAUUUUUUUUCCUGCCUUUUCUCAGAAACUGCCAUAUGCUGACAGAUGCACUCAGGGCAUGAGCAGUGGCACUGUAUUUGUACAUAGGUUUAAGUGUAACACCUAACAAAAUAAUUUUGGCUUUUUCUUGAGAGUUAUGGUUGUGUCUUACAUUUUAUUACUAUUUUGGGGCUAUUCUAAAUAGAUGCUUUAUGUACUAAACAACUGAAACUAUUUUAACCUAUUAGUUUGUGAAGUGAGCUACAAUAUAAUAAAAGACAAUAUCUAAGGUAUUUUUAACUGAUGGAACAAAGCAAACUGAUGAUUCAGGAUUACUUGAGGUAAUGGCUGUGAGUCAUUGUAACAUUUAUUUUCAUGAGGCAGGACACAGAUAUUUGUAUGCUUUGGAGUUUAUGUAGACUUCAGAUGUUAAAAAUCUUACUUUGAAUGUCCUAGGUUUAAGCAGCCUAUUUAUUGAUCUAUAUGGCAGUAAUUGAUUUAACCAUUAUUCCUAAAAGAAUUCUUUAGUGUUUGCCUUUCAGCAGUGAUAUGUUGUGUAUUUUUUAAUUGCCUAAGGGCAUAUGUACCAAACACUACAAACAAUUCGUAUUUACAAAAAAAAUGAAACUUUUUAAUUAAAAAACUGCACAUUACAAUUUUGCAAAUUUACAGCACUCUGAGAAUAGCACAUUUAAUAUAGAAAAAGAAACAUCCUUAAGGUCUGCAUGUAGCUAUAGUCACAUUUUGCCCUUCAUAUGCUUAGUUUUAAAGCAUUAGGCUUAAAAUGUUUAUUAAUGUUCAUUUAUUCUGAAUGUUUUUUAGUUUUUUCUGAGAAAUUGUCUCAUUGCCCUAACAGUUACUGUGGUUUCAGGUUUAUAUCUACCAAAGGACAUAAACUGAAUGGUAGACUGUAAAACUGGUAUAAACAAAAUCUACAGUUUUCUGACUGUCAGAACCCAAAUAUUAAGAAAUAUACAGGAAUCUAUCUAUUCAUGAAACAUGUAAAAAAUAUGUUACUUAGUUUAAUUAAAAAUCUAAUUGUGGCUCCAGUGAGACCACUUCAUCCAAAAGAAAAUUUUUUCUAACAGUGUUUGCUUUAGAAGCAAAAUAGAAAAGAAAAAAGUAGUAUUGGCUAGAUAUGUAUUGUAGGGACAGAAGGAAAUCUUUCUUCCUCCCUUUCUGAAAGUAAUAUUCUUUGUUAAUACACAUUUUAUUUAUUCUGAGUUUGUUCUAAAUAAAAUAAACUUUGGAUUUGAAAAAAUUUCCAUUGAACUUUAAAGUUAUAAUGUAUGUAUUUGCAAUUUUAAAUGCCUUUGAGAUUAUAAUGUAGAUUUGCAGGACCCCAAAAUUUUAAAAAUAAUUACAAGUUUAAAAGGGCACAUAUUUUAUUGUUGGGCUUGCUCUCAGUUAAUGCAAACUCUGAUUGCAAAUGGAUGUCAUGUUUCAUACUUUUCAUCAGGAAAAAAGCAGCAAGCCUUCAGAUGUUCCAGUGAUGCCUGACACAAUGAGCUGGACUUUAUGCAGCUCUUUACAGUAAGAGGUGUUGCAUUGUAUGUGGGGACUGUGUGUGCACUGGCAUCUAAGACAGUGACCUCAACAAUUUUAGCUUUGCACAAACCAUAGAAAACAAUGUACGAUGACUACAUAAUCAGUUGUAACAUGCUGGCAGCUGAAUUGCUAUGAGUUUCUUCUUGCAGAAGCUUAAAAUUUUAAACUUGUAAUAAUUUACUCAGAACAGUAUAACUUCUGACAUACACAAAUACUUACAUCUUUAUUCAUACAUUCAUCUUUUUACUUUGUUAUGUAUCUGUCAUUUAACUGUUUCUCAAGAUGAUGUUUAGCAGUUAGAUGCUUAGAAAUCCUUUUGAGUUCCUGAAAACAAUUGUUUAAUUAAAUGUUUUACCAUAGAAUAAUAUAUAUACCACUGUCAAAGUUUUGGUUGCAUAUUGUGUUUUAUACUACCAUAUUUCUUUUUCAGUUUAUUUUCAUUCCUUGUUGCCCUUUCUUCAUGCCCUUUCUUCUAUUCAUUCCCCUCCCCAUUUCCUCAUCCUUCAGCACAUCUACUCAGUGGUGCUGUGCUGUGUGUCAGAAGAUAAAGCAGGUGUGUUAUUGUAUAAUGAAUUUUGUAUACAUGUUAAUGAAAUGGUAAAAUCAAUUAAAGGAAGUAUGUUCAUAACAGUGUUUAUUAAUAUCAGGAGCUGUGUCCCAGGAAAAAAAGGGGGCAAAUGGCUACAGUUGUGAAUGGAUAACAUUGUUAAGAAAGCUGAAUUUUCUGUUCAUGUGAGCAGUUACCUGGAGUAUUAGAUCUGUGUGCUGGUGAACAUCUCCUGAUUCCACUUACUUUUCUUCUUGUGAACAGUUCAUUGGUGCCAUGCUGAAGAGAAAGACAUCUAAGUGAUAAAAUGAAUGAAGUCUUAAAAUAUAAAAUAUUUUUACUUCUCUAUAAUCUAAAUACUCCACUGUACAUCUUUUGUAACACUGUCUCUUACCACAAACACUGAAAUAGCAUGUUAAACAGUUACCUAUACUUUAUAAUAUAAUUAGUUGGGGAAAACUGGCCUUUUCCUCCCGCUGUAUGAUUGUUCCUUGAAAGGUAAAUUGCUAAUUUUAUAUUGUGUAAUUAUGUUCUUCACAAAAUAGGUUUCAGUAUUCUCUGUUAAAACUGUUGGUCAGAAAAUGAUCUGCUAUUCUGCUAUUCAAGUAAGUUUGCUUUACUUUAAAAAAAAAUUUUUUUAACAUGCCUUAUUUAUUAUUAUCAUAUUAACAAAUAAGGAGCUAAUACAGAUGAAAUUUUCAUUUUUGACAAAUAUAACCUAGGAUAACUAAUCUUUAGUAUGGGAUGAUUUUGAUACUAUCUUUGGAGUUUUGCACUGGAUAUUUAAAAAAACUGGCACAAUAUAUUAGAAGAAAAUAAGUGAUUAAUUUUUAGUAUUUGGGGACAUUUUUAAAAUCAGUAUUUCAAUUAGACUAAAAAAAUCUUUGUUACUUUUAUUUAUUUUAAAGGAAGCAUCUGUUAAAGUAAUAUUCAUCUCAAACUGAUUGAUGUUUGUGUGAAUUUACAUGUAUAUUUUCAUGAAAAAUAAAUAGAGUUCCUUGGGUUAAGGAGGAAAAAAAUUAUCUGGAUCCAUUUAUUAGGUUAAAAGUGAUCUAGCCAGGGUAAAAAAACAGUGUAUGAGCUAAAGAAAAAAGAAAACUAUAUUCUAAGAAGCUUUAAAAGAAUACUUCAGGGGAUAUUGACGAUAACUGCUAUUCUGUCAGUCAUUGUCUCUAUAUGCAGUAAAGUUUUAUGAUCCCUUUAUAGUAAAAUAAAAGAAUUCACAACAGUUGUUCAAAACGUUUUUUUCCCUUGGACAUAAAAUACUUCGAUGCUAUUAUGUUUUCAUUUUUAUUAUAGGUUAACUAUAUGCUAUUAAACUCUAGGAUGUAUCUAAAUCUUUCCUUUGCUUUUUCCCCCUCCUCUCCCUAAGUAGAUAAAUCAGUGCUCUCACAUAUAAUGUAUUUAACUUUUGAAAAAUUUAAUGCUAUAGUAAAUCAAGUGUGUGAUUUAUAGUAAUCAGACCACUUUGAUUCUUUAAGUUUUACAGUUUCCUUUUUCUACAGAUAAUUACAGAGAAAAUAAUUACCAAGUAACUGAAUAAGAACUUGUCCUCUGCUGUAAAAAGUCUGAAUAGAUACUGUGUAUGUUUUUAUGUCCAUGAACUUGAGCUACUCAUGUGCAAUUAUGUGUAUGGGAAUGGAGUAGUGUUCAUGAUUUGUAUCUACAUCAUCAUAUGGAUGUAUAUUUAUUAAUAAAGUAAUUACUUUAAAAGCAA